UUCCUCCCCGCAAUCCAUUUCAGGAAGGAGAGAGUAUAACAUAGAAACAUGGAAAUAGUUGUGGUUCUGAUGUGACAUGAAUUGGGAGUGGAAAUCCAAAUCGGAGGAGUGCGAAAAGGAGAUACAGGUAUUGCAGAAAGAGAUUUCCUCUGCAACGACAAGUGUUAGCAAACUUAGUCGUCAAAUAAAGUCGAAGGAGGCACAGAUGGAGCAGUUGAAUGCAAGGAAACAAGAGAUACUGGAGAAGUGUGAACUAGAUCAGAUUAACAUUCCUACUAUCUCUGAUCCAAUGGAAACGGAUGGGCAAACUCCUGGCCCUGUUUUUGAUUUCAGUAAAUUGAGUAGGGCAUGUCAUCAGAGUACUAGACCAUCUGACAGAGCGAAACUUGAAGCAGAUUUUUCGGGAAAAAUUGCUACCCUUGUAUCAGAUAUUGAAAGAACUGCUCCGAAUCUCAAAGCUCUUGAUCAAUAUGAAUCUUUGCGGCAAAAAGAGGAUGCUGUUGCUAAAGAGUUUGAAGAAGCAAAAAAUGAAGAGAAGAAAGUAACUGAUGAGUACAACAGAAUUAAGGAGGCGAGGUAUGAAUUGUUCAUGAAGGCCUUUAAUCAUAUAUCUGGAAAUAUUGACAAAAUUUACAAACAACUCACAAAGAGCAACACGCACCCCCUUGGCGGCACAGCAUAUCUCAACUUGGAUAAUGAGGACGAGCCAUACUUACACGGUAUUAAGUACACUGCAAUGCCACCAACAAAGCGCUACCGUGAAAUGGAGCAUCUAUCAGGCGGAGAGAAAACGGUUGCUGCACUUGCAUUGCUUUUUUCUAUUCACAGUUUUAAGCCUUCGCCGUUCUUCAUAUUGGAUGAAGUUGAUGCUGCAUUGGAUAAUUUAAAUGUUGCCAAGGUGGCGGGAUUUAUCAAAUCAAAAUCAUGUGGUGGAGCCCGGCUUAAUGCGGAUCCUAGCGAAGGGUGUGGCUUUCAGAGUAUUGUGAUAUCACUCAAAGACAGCUUUUACGACAAGGCUGAAGCAUUGGUUGGUGUUUACAGAGAUUCGGAUCGAAGUUGCUCGAGGACGCUGACAUUUGACUUGACCAAGUACCGCGAAUCAUAAGGCUGCUACCGUUUCUCUCCCCUGGUGGUGUAAAUACAAAGCACAGUUUACUUGCCAGUAGUAUACGAUGACUAGGGAUGGACAUGGACGCGAGUAGCAUCAGUUUAACUAAUACAAACAGCCAACAGGAUGGUGCGGGUUAAAUAUAGUUUGUGUUGUACACAUUGUUAUAUUUACUUGUUUAGUUUGAUUGUUCACUGUCCAUGUUUGACAUUUAUGCUAGCUUAUCUCAUAAGUAAAGAUAUUGAAACUGGUACUGUGCAAGACAGUAGAUUUGAGUAAAAGUGCUGGUUGGAG